AUGUAUGAAUUUAUCUUUCUUCUUAUUCAAGGUACACCAGAAAGUGAAACAGUUCUAUUACAAGCUCUUCAACAUAUGCGAAAGCAGACAUCGGAACAACUCUAUACAAUGAAACAUGAUAAACAAUUUACUGACGUUGAUUGGAUUAUUCUUAAUGAAUAUUUGCCUGAAAAGCUCGUCCAAGAGAUGGAUGCACAAAGAAGAACAAGUGUUCAUAGGAGAUUAUCAAUAACGCCUGAGCAUGAUGUACAAUGUGUUCCAGCAGAUUCACGAUCUGAAAUCGUUGCAAGAGCUGUUGAAUCAUCGGAAGUUCCGACUAUCAUUGAGAAUGAUGCUGUUUCUCAUGCGUCAAUUAGCAGUCAACAUUGUACAUUACAUCAUGAUUUUGUGCUACGAAUGGUCGGUUUUCGAGCAGCAGACAGUCACAAAGGUCAGAAUAUGCGUAACGAAUUAAUCACACGUUUUCUUACAGCACUAUCGGUAGAUUAUGAAAAGCAAUGGUAUAUCGGUAAGAUCCGUCGUUCUACACUUUAUAUUCUAAUGGAAUCAGUAGAAAAAGCCAAACAUCGCUGCUCACUCAAACUCCAUUGGGAACUGCUUGUUCAACACUGUCGAUUUUCACCUUUCUUAUGGUACUUAAUCCGAUUCAAUAAAAUCAAUUGGAUCAAUAAACAAUUGACUAGAUUACUGUUUGACCAUAUCUUUCUAACUAUCGAAUUAAUUCUAGCCUUCCAUUCAGCAAGAACACGUAUGGAAAAUAUUAGACUUCUAUUUCCAGAACUUGUUAGUAUUGAUCCACAGAUUUGGAAUGAAGUUUAUCAAGAGACCAGUUUUUAUCAUCAAAUGGCUACUUAUAUUCUUCUUGAUUUAAAAGAAUCUUAUCCAGUAUGCUGGCGAGUUGAAAUGACCAAGCGAUGUGCUCAAAUGUUGCUAAAAUACGAAUCAACAGCUAUUAAAGAACUCUAUCAAACUGGAAUGUUGGGUGAAACAGAACGUUCACGUAUUCUCGAAUUAAUCGAAAAGAAAUUAUUUAAUUUAGAAUUUUCCCACGUUAAAAUGCCAAAAACUGAACAGACAACUAUUGAAAAUACUUUUGAUUUGUUAUUUUUUGUUCGAUCGAUUCCUGACGGUGAAAAACUGGCAUGGGAAGCGGUUAUGAAACCGAAACAUGAAUGGUUUCAGCCUGGAAAAGUUCUUAUAGAAAAAGGAAAAACAGUAUCCAGCGCUUAUUUGAUUGUUCGAGGUGUGGUGCAAUGUGAAAUAGAUACACAUUAUAUUAUGUAUCGAUCGAGUAAUAUAAUUGGUAUCGAUGCUUUAUUUUCAGAAAACUUGACUGCAUAUGGUACUUAUUCUGUCAGCGGCGGACUCUUGGAAGCUUAUCGUAUUGAUAGAACAUUAUUAAAUCAAUUAUUAGUCGAUGAUAAUAUAGCCCCAUUAAUCUAUUGUGAAAUCGCCUCGCAUAUCUUGAAUAAUAAGUAUCAACAAGAUUUGAAAUUAAAUCGUUUGCAAGUAACACUACUACUGCAAAAUAGAGCGAAAUUCUAUCGAAAACAAAACGAUCUAUUGAUUCACUUGGAAGAGUACGAUCGCUUAUUUCUCGUUGCUGGUAGUAUUAGCUAUUAUUCGAAAGGGCAAAAUCUCGUCUAUGAUUCUAUUCUAUUUAAAAUGUUCCAAACGCCAACGGACAUUUUCUUAGAUAGAUCGACAGUAGCUUAUACGUGGAAAAAUGAAGAUGAAAUCUAUCUUUUCAAAAAUGAUAAUAUUAACAGUCGUCUUUCAAUUCAAAAUUUCGGUUCGAUUUCUAACAAUCUUAUCUAUCCAAGAUAUUCGGCUCAACUCGCCGAACUCUCUGAAUAUUGA